AUGCAAAAGAUCAUGUUGAAGCGUUUUGGAAAUAAAAAAAAGUAUCUAUUAUCAAAAAGUGAAAACCGUUUCAUAUAUGUCCAUAGCACAAGCGUUGUAACGGAUACUUUAAAAGGGAAAAGAGACACAGUAAGGGGGAGCGAAACGAUAAGGGAUAGUAACACAAAAACAAGGGGUAGAGAAAAAGAAGUGGGCAUUAUUUUGCACAAACCUUGGUACAUAGUAAAUUACUGCAAAGUAAACGAACUAAUUAAUAUAUUAAAUUUAUACAUUAAGUUGAAAAAUGAUAACAUUGAAUUGUUGAAGAAUAUUUCUAUGAAUUUAUUGAUGAACAAGGAAAAAUUAAGAUACAGUGAUAUAAUUAUUUUAUUAAAAAAGUUUUCCAUAAUUAAAUGUAAAAAUUAUUAUCUAUUUUGUUAUUUUAAGGAUGUAUUAAUGGAUAACCUUCAUUUACUUACGUGUGAUAAUUUAAUAGAUGUAUAUUUUUCUUUUACUAGAUUAAAUUAUUUUCAUUAUAAUUUUUUUUUAUUAAUUGAGAAGCAACUGUUUCACAAUUUCCAAAAUUUGGAUUUAAAAAAAGUUGUAUAUUUAAUACAAUGCUUUAAUAAAAAAAAAAUAAUAUCAAAGAAUUAUUUAACUAUACUACUUUAUAGUAUAUCUAAAAAUGUAAACAAUUUUAACACAUUUCAACUGUCAGUUAUUUUUAGCUUUUUCAAAAAUUUUAAUAUAAAUAAUAGUCUACUUAUUAACUCAUUAAUUCAUAAUUUUAAUCAAAAUGUUAACUUGACUGAUGAACCAAAACAUGUAGCAGUCUUUUAUAAUUUCCUGUCUUACGUAAGUAAGAAGUGCAAAAAGAGUUAUCAGUACUACGAAAAGGAAAGAGAAUUGAUCGGAAAGAUAAAGAAAUUUAAACUAUACUAUGAUGAGGAUGAUAAUAUGUGUGGAGAUAAACCCAGUAAGCAGCAGGAAAGGCUGGAGCAGAGCAGUACAACAAGUGCAAUAGCAAUAGAAAAGGAAAUACUAAGGAAGGAUGGAGAUAUAGAAGAGUAUAACCAUGGGGAGCGCAAAUUAAAAGAAAAAGAGAAAAAAAAAAGUAUUGAAUGUGAAAUAAUAAAAAAAAAAAUAUUGCACUUUGAGCAUAAAUAUUUGGUAAAAAAUGACGAAUUGGAUGAAUUGAAAGAACAAACAAGCUCGUUAAAAGAGAAUUGUUACAAUUUUAGUUUAAUAUAUUCUGUUAAGAAUGCAUUAAAAAAUAUUGAAAUGAUAACAAAGAAGAAAAUAAAGUACAUGCCUAUCGAAUCAUUAUGUAUAAUAUCAUCAGCUUCAUCAAAUAUAGAUAAAAACAAAAUUCUUUUAGAAAAAAUUGCAGAAGAAGUCGGUAAACAAUCAACUAAAUUAACUCCGCAGUUAGUAAGUUUUUUGUUAUUAUCUUUUAGCAAAGCAAGUCAUAAACAUGGAAGCUUAAUUUAUUAUUCUCUACAAUUUUUUUAUAAAUAUCAUAAUUUUUUUAAUUUUAAUCAAGUUGGUUUGCUGUGUAAAGGACUGGUUAAUUUUUCGAUUAAAGAAAAUGAAUUUGUCAGUAUGCUAAACGAAUUCAUUUUAAAGAACAGAUAUAUCUGUACAAAUGUGUGCAAUGAAGGGGAAACUUGGAACAAUAGGAAAGAUGGAGGGGAAAAUGGGUAUUCGGACAAAAACGAGUAUUUAAAUUAUGAUAGGAAUAACACUACGCAUGGUGAGAAAGACAUAGAAAAAUUAUUUUACGAAAUAGAAAAGAAUAUUCAUAAAAAAGUUGAUAACGUUGGCCGAAGGAAUUACGAAGAUCAGUUUAUGAAUUUAAAAAGAGUAUAUAUGGAAAAAGAAGUAGGUGAAAAUAAUAAAUUUUAUGAUAAUGAUAGCAAAAAGGAUUGUAAUAAUUAUGAUAAUGUAAUGUAUACCAAAUUUGUAAAUUUUAGUUUUAUUGAUUAUGAAAAUAUAAAAAAAAAUAAUUAUUAUGCAAAUAAUUUAUAUAAUAUAAAAAUAGACACUCCUAUAUAUAUAAACAACAUUAUAUAUAUUUUAGAAUAUUACGCUUUUAACCUAGUGAGUAUUAACGAAAUUUUAAAUUUUUUUUGUGAUAUUUUUUUAAAAGGUAAUCUGAGCUAUAUAUUAUAUUCCAGAAUAUUUUAUUCCUUUUAUCUGCUACAAUAUGGAGAAGAGAAAGUAUACAAAUUGAUUAACAAGUUUAAUAAUUAUCAACCAUUGUAUCAAGUUAUGUAUAAAGAAAAACAUAUUAUGAGACUUAUGCAGUCCUUAAUUUAUUUUUAUGAAAAUAGAAAGAUGGAAAAUGGCAUUAGUGAUAUUUAUUUUUUUAUCUUGCCCAAAAAUUAUUUUUCGUUCAUAUUUAAUUUUUCAAAAUAUGUUUUAACCUUUUUAUUUAUUAAAAAUAAUAGUUAUGUGUUGCACAAAUUUUUGGUUCAUAUAAAACAUAUGUCGAUGUGGAAGACGGAUUGCAUUUUUCUUCAUAAACCAAACAAUUUAUAUUAA